UAUUUAAAGGAUUUCGAAAUAAUUGUAUAAAGUCUGUAUUCGUUUACAUACGUUACCUACUUUGACGUUUACAGCUAGCAGAGGCAGCAGAACAUAGCUUGAGCUUACCAUUGAAAUACUUUAGUAACUAGCUAGCCUACUCUACCUGGCAUAUUCCACUACUAGCUAGGCUAGCUCUUUUUCGGCUCACAGAACACAUGAUCAUGCAGCCUUGAGAACAGGUGACACAAUCCGACUGGGACUGGGUACUGUUCAUAAACUGUUUUGAAAGUAGAGGUCAAGUGUCUUAAGUUCCCUGGAUAACCUCGAGUAUGGCCGAUGUCCAAAUGAGUCCCAUGGAGGAGAUGGUGGAGAGGUUUCUGGACGCGGCAGCAAGGGGGGACCUGGUCAAGGUGACCUCCAUGUUGUCACACUCCAAUUCACUGACUAAUCAGAAGGGAGAAAAAGACUGGACCGCCCUGAUGAUGGCAGCCAGGAACGGACAUUUUGAUGUUGUACAAACUCUACUGUCUUACGGGUGCGACAAGCUGUCCGUCAACCAGUCUUCUCAGACGGCCUACGACAUUGCCAAGUUCUGGGGUCACCGCCACAUCGCCAACCUGCUCGCCAGGAACAUGGGCGGGUGGGACCGCGUCCUGCUGGACCCCGGGGCGAACGAGCACGAGAACUACUUCAGCAGGGAGGUCCUGGACAGGCUGAGUGAGAGGCGGUCUGACUCCGCCUGGCUGGAGGCCCGACAGAACUCUCCAGACUCAGUCUUCCUCCUCUUCUUCGGUCUCAACCCUCUGGUGAGCUCCACGGCUGAGGAGGCCAAGACGGCAGGCCAGGCGGAGAUGAGGCUGUGCCGGCUGGGGCCGGGCUCGGUCGGGGAGCUUCUGCAGAAGCCCGGGAGCACCGUCAUCUUCUUGGGGGUGGAGAGACGCAACGGCCCCCCUGGUGCUCUGAGGGAGGCAGGAGAGCCGACGGCCUGGUUCGCUGUCGACACAGACACCGACCCCCUGGGGAACCUCACCCUCCCAGACAGGAACAGCUUCUUCCUCAAACCUCCCUUCCCCGGGCUUCUCAGGCUGAAUGAGGACGAUGCUGGCAUCAUGGCACAGGCCCGGUCUGUGUUAGCCUGGCACAGCCGGUACAGCUUCUGCCCCACCUGUGGCAGUAAGACCAAGGUGGAGGAAGGGGGCUACAAGAGGACCUGCCUGAACUCAGACUGCAGGAGCCAGCAGGGCAUCCACAACACUUGCUACCCACGUGUCGAUCCUGUGGUGAUUAUGCUGGUCAUCCACCCAGACGGUAACCAGGUUCUGCUGGGAAGGAAGAGGACUUUUCCCCCUGGCAUGUUCUCCUGUCUGGCAGGCUUCAUAGAACCAGGAGAAGCAAUAGAGGAUGCGGUGAGGAGAGAGGUGGAGGAGGAAAGCGGAGUCAAGACAGGACCAGUCCAGUACGUCUCCUGCCAACCCUGGCCCAUGCCCUCCUCGCUUAUGAUUGGGUGCCUCGCUGUUGCCGUGUCGACAGACAUCAAAGUCGAUGACAACGAAAUCGAAGAGGCUCGUUGGUUCACACGGCAACAGGUUACAGAUGCAAUGGUCAAGGGAACCAAGCCUGUCUUCACCAUGCCUCCCCGACAAGCCAUCGCCCAUCAGCUGGUCAAACACUGGGUUGGCAUGACCUCCAACCUUUAGGCCAGCGUUUCUCAACCCUGGUCCUCGGGACCAUCCUGCAUGUUCUAGAUGUUUCCCUGCUCCAACAUACCUGAUUCUAACAAACGGGUUGUUAGCAGAAGCCUGAUAACGAACAUUCAUUUGAAUCAGGUGUGCUGGAGCAGGGAAACAUUUAGAACAUACUGGACAGUGGGCCCUUGGCGUCAAAUCUCAGACUAUGCAGAUCAGCAGCUGCUUCAAACCAAAUCAGAUUCCUACAUCUCACUUGACCACAUCUGCUGUACGGGAAGCGGGUGGGGUUACUUCAGGUGGUGGACUUUUACUCAGGGAUGCCAGUCAGCUGUAGGUAUCAGGCUGGUCUGAUAGCACUUCAACACCAGGGUGGCCUUCAGAAGGAACCAGAAAGCCUCCUACUCUGACAUUUACAUUUAGUCAUUUAGCAGACGCUCUUAUCCAGAGAGACUUACAGUAAGUACAGGGACAUUCCCCCCGAGGCAAGUAGGGUGAAGUGCCUUGCCCAAGGACACAACGCCAUUUUUCACGGCCGGGAAACAAACCGGCAACCUUCUGAUUAAUAGCCAGAUUCUGACAACUCUAUUCAUCUGCUUUCCCACCUUCAGAUGAAAAGUUGAUUCUACUGAUUCUAGACAUCAGUCAAUGUAAGUGUGCUGCUUUUCUGUUAAAAUGAUUAAUAAUGUAUGUGUUAAUUGCUAUUAAUAACUGGCAGAUCCUUGACAUUGUUUUAUCGUGUAAAAUCUCUGUUAAGGCAUGGAAUACAUCAUUCUUCUGAAGCACAGCCAUGCCAAUUUUAAUAUUUAAUAUUUAGUCGACUGAACUGCCUUUUAAAUGUAGUUAUUUAAGUGUCAUUGAGAUUUACCUCUCCAUCUCAUCCACGGAAAACCACUGCUAAGAAGGCAGUCUGUGUGAGGUUACAAAUGUUUGUAAUGAUAAUGAGAUAAUAAUGAGAUUACAGUAGCAGGCCCACAUGCAAAUCAAGCAACUACAAUCUAAUGUUAGAAAAAUGAAUGUUAACUAUACGAGACAUAAUCUACACAGAAGCAAGGCUUCUGUGUAGAUUCUUUGGUGAAGGACAGCACAACAUGUGGUUGGAUUGUACAGCGUUGGACUAUUCAGGUAUGUUUAAACUGAGUAAUUAACUGAACAAUGUCCAGUGCUGUUUAUCAUUGAAAAGGCCUUGGGAAUGUACAUUACAUUUACAUUUAGUCAUUUAGCAGACGCUCUUAUCCAGAGCGACUUACAGUAAGUUCAGGGACAUUCCCCCGAGGCAAGUAGGGUGAAGUGCCUUGCCCAAGGACACAACGUCAUGUGGCAUGGCCAGGAAUCGAACCAGCGACCUUCUGGUUACUAGCCCGAUUCUCUAACCGCUCAGCCACCUGACUCCCAAAAAUGUAUGUACCAUGAUGUGGUAAAUGGCCUCACUAUGCAAUGGAGAUCCCCUGUAGUUCCAGUACUGACAGGAAUGUGAUUGGAGCCUGUGUUUUCUAAAGAACCUGGCAUCCACCUGCACAAAAUUCAAAUGUAUGCACACCAAUGUACAUUUCAUUAUACAUGUAUACAUUAUAUUCCACUCAUGUUAAUGUUAUCAAAUGAACCAGUUCAUAUACAAACCAUUUUUGUAGUUCAUGAAUAAAUCACAAAAAUCAU